AUGCCGGCGCUUCGAAGUACCAUUGACCGCCUCGACAAGCCGAGUUCAUAUGCGACAGCAAAGAAGCGUAGACGCGACCGUAACACACGUGACGACGACCGCGGCCGUUCUCCCUCGCCCGAAGACAAACUCAAGGACGCAACUACCCUCUACGUCGGAAACCUCUCCUUCUACACCACCGAAGAACAAAUCCACGAGCUUUUUAGCAAAUGCGGCGAGAUCAAACGACUGGUCAUGGGUCUUGAUCGAUUCCAGAAGACACCAUGCGGGUUCUGCUUCGUCGAAUACUACACACAUCAGGAUGCGCUGGAUUGCAUGAAGUACAUUGGCGGCACCAAGCUCGAUGAGCGUGUCAUCAGAACAGAUCUGGAUGAGGGUUUCGCUGAGGGCAGGCAAUACGGACGCGGAAAGAGCGGUGGUCAAGUGCGCGACGAGUACAGGGCCGAGUAUGAUCCUGGCAGAGGUGGAUACGGCAGGGCUGUGGACGAAUAUCACGAAGCGCAGUAG